AUGCCCACCUCAUUUGAUAACGAAAUCAACCAUACUUCAAGCGCAACAUCACAGCCCAACAAAACGGGACAGAAAGGCUCUGCUGCUGGAGUGCAGAUUCCCACCAAGAACGGCAGAAAUGGGACGGCGAGAGAUGGUAGCGGCGGUGCUGGAGGAGUUAUGGCUGCCGUGACAAGGAGUAAUGCAGCGAAAUCUUCUAAGAACAAAUCCUCCGCGAUGACCUCCCAGACCCCAAUACCAGAGACGCAGCCAGUCAUUUCUAUACAAAAUGAAAGUUCCGUGACAUCUCCUAUGUUAGACGCGCUAUCAUCGACUUCUCAAGAUUCUUCUGUCACGCAUAACACAAAUGAAUGGGCCAAAAAUAUUCCAGCAUUUUCCAGCUCUCCGAACAAUUUAAUGAGUCUUGGUGAAUCGCCUCCUACACUACCAUCUUCCUACGAAGACAAGAUUACGAACUACGGCUAUUCUGCGAAAGAACAAAGGGGAUCUCCCAAUAAUCAUGUUCUCUCGCCUUCUUCGCCAAUAAAUACAAUAAGCCGUAGGAGACCGCUGAGCUAUCACCUAGAUGGAAGCCUUCCAUAUAGUCCUGAAGAAUAUCAUUCCACUCUAGCUUAUGCAGCUCGACGUACCUCGACAUAUUCACAGCAAUCACAAGCGCCACGAUAUAAUCCUUAUCCGCCACUGCCACAUCAAUCUCAAGCCCACUUUCAUGGAGUACCUGAUGCGAAUCUUAUGUUAUCGCCAAGAACUCCGGGUCUAGUCCCUGGUGACAAGGGCUUUUAUUGUGGAUUUGAUAGUUUGCCGGUUCAAGACAUAAACAAAUCCCCAAGCAGUGUCAUCGUUACCGGAUAUGAGGGUGGCUUAAGUAUUCACAGUGUCACCAAGAGAGGUCUAAAUAGAAUCCAUGUUUUAGAGGGUUUGAGAGGUGCGGUUUACAACACCAAGAUCCUUCCGUGGACCGCUCCGUCGGAACAUUCCUUCCAAUACCCUUUGAUCGCUGUCGUUGUUCACGGCCCCAUUCGAACAAUCAGUGAUAGGCCCAGUGCCGAAUAUGCUAUGCCUUCUGGAAGCGCGCCAGUGCCAAUUAAUGAAGGCAGUCGAAGUUCCCCAAGGCAACCUACCCGCUCUAUCGAUGGAGAUAACAAUGAUGACUUGAUAGAAUAUUAUCAAACGACAGUUGAAGUAUAUUCCUUAUGUACAAGGAAACAUAUUGCUACCUUGCUAUCUACUCCGAAAACACACUUACCAAUACCUCCAUCAAGCCCUUUGUUUACACCACCAGCCCCUGUUGGCUCUCUCACAAUUCGAGCGGAUAGGGGUAAUGUUGUCGUAGCCUCGGGUGUAAGUGGCGAAACCUGGGUUUUCCGACAGCGGGACAACAGUGUGUCAAAAAUCGAGUUUAAGUGCAUUGGGAAAGUAUGGACGACUGUUCAACAUGGUCUUUCUGUGGAUCCAGCGGUAUUCAACAGCCUUGCUGAAGGUGGACGUCAAUCUGAAACCGGCACACGAUCUCAAUACAAAGCCUCGAUAUUAUCUUUGAAUGGACGUUGGCUGGCCUAUUGUCCCUCGGCAGCAACGUCCCAGAUAUCGCUCCGUGCUACUGUCCCAGGAACUGUUACCACCGGACGCAUGCCUGGUUUGAAUUCGCAAGCUCCACCUCAUCUUCCUGUGGUAAAUUGUCUAGUGGAUACUCCCGGUGGGGAAGGGAUGUUGAAGCAAGUUCUUCAAGCUGCAACACAAGGAAUAGUUGAGAUUUCGGGAUAUGUUGGAAAGCAAGGUGCUCAGUAUUGGAACAAUUACUGGAACAAACCCACGUCACCUCCGCAAAUGAAUGGUGCGAACGCGUAUUCACCUCCACAUAACGUUUCUCCCCAGUUUCCACCUACACAUGGUCUUAAUAGCCAGACAAACACCACAAGCAAGGAUCCUGGACUGAUAUCAAUUCUAGACCUAGAUUCGCUGUCACAACAGACCUCUGGAUCUUCGAUUCACCCUCUGGCUACUUUCUCCGUACCUCAUGGAUGUAGUUUUCUGUCACUUGCGCCGAGCGGUCUCGCUUUGUUUACGGCAAGUAGUAAAGGUGAUGUCCAGUUUGUCUGGGAUCUCAUGCGGCUGCACUACUCAAGGUCAUCUCUUCUUAAGGGGGCCUCUCAAAACGGAGGUGUACAUGGAUCACAUGUUCGACCGAUUGCACAAUUCUCGCGCAUGACUAUUGCAAGGAUUGUGGAUGUCGUAUGGACUGCGCCACAUGGUGAGCGGGCUGCGAUGGUUACUGAGCCUGGAACGGUUCAUAUCCUCGACCUCCCAGCUAGCGCCUUUAUCUGGCCACCACCACGUCGACGAGUUCACUCGGGGAGUUCUGAUCAGGCGAAUCCGGAUGUUAACAAUGCUGCUCGAUCUGCUGUUGGUGUGGCUUCAAGUGCUGUGUCGUCGUUGUGGACCGUAGCUCGACCUCUAGUGGGCUCUCGCAGGCGUCGAAGUAGUGUUGGUAUUCCGGGUAUCACUGCUGCAAGUGUGAAAUCGCAAGCCGGCCAGGGAACACAGGCAUUAGCCGCUGGAAUUAGUCGGUCUGUGGGCGCUGCAACUGGGAAGAUGAACGAAAUGCGAAAAUCAGGAGGUACAAAAUUGCACUUACCUAAGAGCAGAACCAUUCCCAACCCAAACUGCGUCAGGUUUUACAAUGGGAAGCAUGGCGAUUCGAUUGUCGCAAUCGGUGGGGGCAUCGUCCGAAUCUAUACAGUGAAAAACAGAAGAGCAGAUCGUCCAGUAGAUAAACAAAAAGCAUCCAGGGGUGCCAAAUACGUCGAGUACCUACUACCAUCUCUGCCUGACUUUAAAAUCGCGCCAGGGCCAAUAUUCGAGGAUGUUCUUGAAACAUUGGCCACCGACACAGGAGAUAAUUGGAAAGCGAGACAGGUAUCACCUCCAGUAGUAUCACGCCGCUCUGGAGCUGAAAGUUCGAUUCCUCAAGCAGAGAUUGAAUCGAACGCGCCAUAUCAGCCAUUUCAUACCGACCGCCGCGUUAACCUACAUGUCUAUAUCCACGAAAAGGCUACGCCAUCAUCAUCCUCCACAUUUACAGCCAGUUCAUCUAACGAUAUUGUGACUGAAGCAUCAAAAAGCCCGUGGGCUUUUGGUGGCCCUAUAAGAAGUGUGAGAUUAGACGUUGGCCCACCUCAACUUACAGAGGAUGAUUACGAAACUUCAUCUUACCAUCGGGCUCUUCCGUCCUCUGCCAUCGAGCGAGUAAUGAGAAUUGCAGACAGCAGUCAUGAGGAUAUGGAGCAGAUCGUGGUCACCACGAGACGUCGUAAAGGUGCUAGUCCUACCGGUGUCUUAAGCCCAGGUACUGAAGACGAGGAAGGCUUCUUUGAAGACGACUGCGAAGUCCUGGAUUUUGCUAGCCAGCGAGUUUGA